AUGCCAGCUGAAAUUUCCUCGUUGGCGCCAACUCUCAACGGUGACCUGUUCGACCUCGAAAAGAAGAAUCCUCCAGCGUUCACCAUUCUGCAGAAGGAUGGACUGGACAGCAAUGUGCCGCUUCUUCGGCUAAACAACAGCAGCGAGACGAGUCGAUCGGAAAUCGAUGGUUUCGAAAAUGUGAAGAAUAAGCUGCUCGAUCGGAAACGGAUCAGCAGAUCGAACGAUCAUCUGAUCCAAGCGAAUUUGCAAUCGAAUCAGGUGAAUCCAUUGAAGCGAGAAACACGAAGCAGAAGUCAAGACAGCGCACGAUCGGCGGACAAGGUACCGACAAUUAAGCCUAGUAUGACCUUGUCCACCGAAGACUUCAACGAAGUUCUAAACGCGAAGCUAAAGAAGCUGCAGGAGCAUGAGAAAGAGAAGGAGAAGCAACGUAAAAGCGCGAAGAAGAGUCACGUGCCUCGGAAGAAACCGUUCGUCACGACUGUGAAAACCGGGGAAUUUUUGAUGCCGCCGCCGGAAGUGGCCACCCUCCUCGGCAUCGCGACCAACACCAACGACAACGAUUGCAUCGACAAUUGUCCACUGCGAUCAAAGUUCAAAACGCUCGCGUCGUUAGCUAAGAAGCCGGAAGUACGUCAUAGCAGCCACAUUGCAAGGUGCCCGGCUGCCCUCAAGGCCACCGUCGAUUUCACCCUCGGAAUGAUGAACGCGACGACCAUGGCUGCUACGACCUUGGACGACAAAGCGAAGCUCGCCAAGAGAAACGACGCGACCGAUCAACCGAUUCCUUUUGGGAAUAUUAUGUUUGACCGCCGCGUUGUCCGGGGGAGCACAUACGCCACUCCACCUAUCCUUAUCGAUGGAGAACAGUCGAUAACGUCGAGGCAAGCAGAAGCAAGAAGGAGGAAUUUGGCGAGGAAACGAGCUCAAGCACUGGCCACUAAAGCUUUGGUCGCUAGAGCAGGUUCACCACCGGCGGUUCCUGGUCGCAAACACGAACCGGUGCAAACGGAGGUUUAUCUCGAAGAGCUAUUCGAGAAACCAGACGAAACCGAUGUCGCCACGCAGACCGACUAUUUCUUGGACAGGCCCCCGACACCGACGUAUUGCCCGAAAAAGAUUGGCGAAGACGCCAGCACGCAAAUCGAGCCUGGCGACCUCUUCGACUUUGACUUCGAAGUGCAACCUAUAUUGGAGGUACUCGUUGGGAAGACAAUGGAGCAGGCAUUGAUGGAAGUUCUCGAAGAGGAAGAGAUCGCCGCUUUGAAGGAACAGCAAAGGAAGUUCUUGGAACUACGCGCUGCGGAAAGAGCCGAGGCGCGAAGACUGGAGGAACAGGAAAGGAGAAUAAGGGAAGAAAAGGAUCAACGAUUAAGACAAUACGAGGAUGCGAUGAUAGCUCGAAAGGAAACAGAGGAACGAGUAGCAGCGACCACACUUUUAACCGGAUAUAUAGCUGAACUUCUUCCAGCGGUACUAGAAGGAUUGAAAAUGUCCGGGUUCCUGUUGGACGAGAUCAAGGCUGAUGUCGAAGAAGGUUUCAUGCCCUGGUUGAUGAAAGAAGUUAAGAAAGAAAUGAGCCACAUGAUCGAGAGCAGAGAAUUACUUAUGGAUAUCGUGAGGGAAAUUUUGGAGGACCGCGCCGAAACGUACAGGAAACUCGGGGAAGAGUACGAUGCCUCCAGAAGAAGAAAACCAUCGAUGGAUCACAUGGAGGAUGGAGGCAGUGAUCCAAAUUUCGUAAAUUACCAACCACCUGCUAUCGAGAAUUUGGAUGUUAUUUAG